AAUAUAUAUUUUUGUGUGUUUGCAGAAUCUUGGCCACUGAUUAUCAAAAGUAUCAACAUACCAGCUAUUGUAAAAGUUAACGAUACGGAUUAUAUUAUUCUCGAUUGCAAUUACGAUCUCGAAAACACAUCGAGCAAGGGUCUUGUUGUCAAAUGGUUUUUCAACACCAACCAACUAGUCUACCAAUGGAUUUAUGGCAGACCCCCUCUGGCAGACGAACCUGCUGCAAAAUACGUUGAUUUAACUUACAAAGCCAGCGAUGAUCCAUAUACUGAAUACCGAGCCAUAAAGUUGAACAAGCCGGGUAUCGAUCUUACUGGCGAAUAUACAUGUGUUAUAUCUACCUUUGCAGAUGAACGAACGGCAAAUGCAUCAAUGAUAGUAUAUUCUACAGAAGAAAAAUUUGAACUUGCGUAUAGAAAAAAAGUUAUAGAUGAUAAAGAUGGAGUUGAAAUAACGUGUAUCGCUGAAGGACUUUAUCCUCAACCAACUUUGAAUAUCUUCAUCAAAAAUACUCUGGAGAAACAAUCUGGAAUUCCCACUAUAACACUACGUGAUGAUGGACGGUAUAAUAUUUUAUUGCGCAUUGCCUUAUUGGAUGAAGAUUUACCAGAAACAACAAUUGUUAAAUGUUUGCUCAGCAUAUCGAAAGCAUCGUACAAUGUUUCCCGCAAAACUGUCUAUUAUGCAGUCCCGAUUGACCACAUUAAUAUCGACCACGUUGUGUAUGACCACGUUGAUAUUGAC